AGUUUCCAUCCUCACUCUCUUUUCCCACUUUUUCUCUCUUUCUCUCUCUACGACUACGAAGCCCCAUUUUAUAGAGAGAAAGAAGAGAGAUUCUCAAUUCUAUUAACUUUUCAUUUUCAUUUAAUAACCGGAGAAUUUAUCGGUUCGUUCUCUCUCCUUUUGUUCUUAUUGACGCCGUCAGGUUUUUUUUUUUUUUUUUGGCUGAAUUCGUUGCAAUGGCUGCAACUGCGAUUGCCUCUACUGUAAGAUAUGCACCGGAGGACCCGAGUCUCCCCAAACCGUGGAAAGGCCUGGUUGAUGGUAUUACCGGGUAUCUUUAUUUUUGGAAUCCAGAGACAAAUGUAACCCAGUAUGAGAGGCCUACAAAAUUGGCUCCUCCACUGAAUUCUUCCCCAAUGCCCAGAAGCUGUUCUGUUCAAGCUCAACAAUCUUCUGAAGGACAGCGUCGUGGUUCUACUUCUGAAAAGGAAGAUGAUAGGGAUGGUCGAGGGACCAAUGGUGGAUCAAAGCUUGAUGUUGGCUCAGGGGGCAAUCAGAGUUUAAGAGGAGCACCUCUACAAUCACAUAAUGUCCUGAACGGAACAGCAAGUGUGGGAAAUGGAGGAUUGUCUAUGCAAGGUUCUGGCUCAUUGAUUGCAGCAGUCAAAUUUUUGCCUGGUCCUUAUCGCCAGCAACAUGAAAUAACUGUCACUGGUGAUGAUGUGCCCCCACCUUUUAUGUCUUUUGAAGUUACUGGUUUUCCUUCUGAGAUUCUUAGAGAGGUACACAAUGCUGGAUUCUCUGCACCAACUCCAAUUCAGGCACAAUCAUGGCCAAUUGCUUUGCAAAAUAGGGACAUAGUUGCCAUUGCAAAGACGGGAUCUGGAAAAACAUUGGGUUAUCUAGUUCCAGGUUUUAUUCAUCUGAAGCGUUGCCAUAAUAAUCCUCAGUUGGGUCCUACUGUUUUGGUAUUGUCACCAACAAGGGAGUUGGCAACUCAGAUACAAGAUGAAGCUGUGAAGUUUGGGAAGUCAUCGAGAAUAUCUUGCACAUGUUUGUAUGGAGGAGCACCCAAGGGUCCUCAGUUGAAAGAUAUAGGCAGAGGAGUAGAUAUUGUGGUUGCCACUCCUGGUCGCUUGAAUGAUAUUCUUGAGAUGCGGAGAAUCAGCCUCAAUCAAGUUUCUUACCUUGUGCUUGAUGAGGCUGAUCGUAUGUUAGAUAUGGGCUUUGAACCUCAGAUAAGAAAGAUUGUGAAGGAAGUGCCUGUCCGUCGCCAAACCCUCAUGUAUACUGCAACAUGGCCAAAGGAAGUUCGGAAAAUUGCUGCAGAUCUAUUGGUGAAUCCUGUGCAGGUCAAUAUUGGCAAUGUUGAUGAGCUUGCAGCCAACAAAGCCAUUACACAGUAUGUAGAAGUAUUGGCACCCAUGGAAAAAUACAGAAGAUUGGAGCACAUACUGCGUUCCCAAGAAUCAGGAUCGAGGAUAAUUAUAUUUUGUUCAACAAAAAAGAUGUGCAAUCAACUUGCCCGAAAUCUUACUAGUCAAUUUGGAGCUGCUGCUAUUCAUGGAGACAAAUCUCAGGGUGAGAGGGAUUAUGUGUUGAAUCAGUUUCGUACUGGGAGGUCUCCUGUGCUUGUAGCCACUGAUGUUGCUGCUCGAGGAUUGGACAUUAAAGACAUCAGGGUGGUUGUCAACUAUGACUUCCCCACCGGAGUUGAGGAUUAUGUUCACAGAAUUGGGAGGACUGGCAGGGCUGGUGCUACUGGACUGGCUUAUACAUUCUUUGGUGACCAGGAUGCAAAGUAUGCUUCGGAUCUUAUAAAAGUUUUAGAAGGAGCAAACCAGCGAGUACCUUCUGAACUUCAUGAAAUGGCUUCACGUGGUGGUGGGAUGGGCAGGCCUAGACGUUGGGGUGCUGGUCCUUCUGGUCGUGAUGGGAGUCGUGGCAGACGCAGUGACUCAGCUUUUGGGGGAAGGGAUAAUGGGAGGGGUAGUUGGUGUAUGUCUAGUUCCUCUUCUAGAGGUGGAGGCUGUGGAGGUGAUCAUGAGUCACGUGACAGGAAUCGCUACUAUGACGGGCAUGAUAGGGGUCGGAGUCCCAGUCGAAACUCCAACAGAGGGUCUGGCUACCAUGCAAGGAUGCAUCAAGGUCGGGGUGUACAACCAAACAACAGUGACAGACAAAGGGAUCGCAAGAGUCCAUUCCGUGAAAGAUCACCAAGGGGUGCAAUUGGUCAACCCCAUUAUGGGAAAGAAGAGAAAGGGAUGAUCCAACCAGUGUGAUCAUGGAAGGAGGUUAUGUUGGAUAGCCAAGAGGAAGGAUGGGUAGCAUGGUUACUAAAUCUGUACCGCAAAAUUUUUUUAUGUUAUAUUCUGAAGCUGUAGCCUUUCCUGGUUUUGGUCGGUUUGCAACCACAAUCAGGGCAUAUAAGGAGUAACAGGGGCUAUGAGUUAUAUUUGUUGAAGCAUAUAAUUAUAUACGCAAACAAAUAUAUUUUGCUAAUUUAUUUAUCCAAAUUGCUGUGGUAA